AUGGCUUCGUUUAAUACAAAGAACGAGAGUUUUGACGCCAGAAUUAAAAGCCAGAAUAGAGGCGAAUAACAUUUACAUCUGUGAGCUACAUUUUAAGGCAGAAUGUAUAUUAGACGGUAAGUUUUUGCCACAUCUGUACGUAUCUUCGCUUUAAAAUAUUCAUCAACCAGGAUUUAGCAUACAAGGCGUUGUUAAUUCAGCAUUUUUAAUAUCUGAAAAUUUGCAUAUUAUAUAGGAAAACGAAAGACAUUGGUGGCUGGGAGUAUUCCUACUGAGAAUCUACCUCAAAAAAAGUACGACGCUCCCAAACAAGAACGUCGUGUUCUUGAAAGAAAGCAACUCGAGGUUCCAAAGACGCCGCCAUUACUCGAUAUUAACACCUUUACUGAACAGUUGCAGCGAAAGGAAAUCGAACCGUGGAAAAUUGUGAAGUCAAACAACGAUGAAGUGCGACUGGAAUAUUAUGACGAUGUUCACAGUAUUCCAAAGUAUACAGUUAUUGUAAAUUCGGCGCUGGAAUUCAGUGUAUUUGUCUUCAACUGGUUGGUACCUGACCAGAACUUUGUAUACGUGGAAAACAAGCGUUCGGUCAUACAUGUGGAUAUUGUAGGGCUUUUAAAGUAUAUUGAAAGUUCCAAACUUUGUGAAGGCUUGGAAGAAGAUACUGAUGUUAAGUCUGUUGCUGUUGACCCCACUGAAAAACCAAACCCAACAAUUCAAACCUUGAUUGUCCGGCAUUCUGUUCCUAAAGUUAUUGAUCCUGAAGAACCACAUUUUCAA